UCUAUCACGAAGUCACUCGAGAAAUACAAUAUGAUGGCGUUUGCGCCCUUUACAAUAACAUCUGCUGUCCGCACGUGGAACCCCAGCCUUUACUUCGUGCGGACGAGUCCUGUUGCUGAGAUGCUUUCUCUUAUUCGAUACGCUGUCUCUUUUCUGCUUGUGCGGCGGUUGGGGUUCAUGUACCUGCAGGGUCUUUCCUUCGGUGAUACGGAAUAUCAGAUCACUCAGCGUGUUAUGUCGAAAAUGAGUGCGGAGCUGAGCGGUGUGUUCACUCUGAACGGAUCCUUCACUGGGUCCGCUGAUGAUGCUGUGUUUAACGCCGAGUGGGAGAAGUUCGCCGACACCCGCCCGCAGGCUGUGAUUGUGUUUGGUGNCCAAAAAAUGUUGACGGACCCCCGCACCGCUGACGCCUACCUGCUUGGGCCGUUUGCACUACAGGACAUUCUAUUGAGUACGUGGCGUGAGGCGGUGAGUGGUGGUGGUGUUCCGUUUGUGCGUGGCCAAGUGAUCACGACGGGAACCAACCCACUUGCGAAGGACAGAGAAUAUGAGUCAAUCAAGCGGUUUCAGAAAGAGAUGACGCAAUAUCUGUCGGACCACACAGACGAAUACAAUAGCACGGACCACUUUCUCAAGGACGACACCGACGGCGAGUUGAUGGUCACUGGGUGGAUUGCUGGCGAGGUGCUCAAUCAGGCUGUUAGCCUCCCCGAGAUGUUGGAAACUAACACCAUCUUUAAGGAGUCUCUCUUCGACCAGCGCCGAUAUUUGGUCGAUGAUCUUGUGAUUGGUGACUUCGGUGGUGAUUGCAGCGAUACCGCUGACUUACACGGUGCCACCUGUCGCUGCAACCAAGGUGGCUGGACAGUCCAUAUCAAGCAAUUUAUUGAGGACUAUGCUCUAGAGCGGAUUGCCGAAAGAACACUUCUUUUGGAUACAAAAGAAUGUUACUCUGACAGUUUUGUUCUGCUGCCAGCCUUUAGUAUGGUUACGAUGGUUAUGACUGACUUGCAGGACGCUGUGAGGGCUACAGAAGACAUAACGUGCGGUACUACAGCCGCUAUUGGCAGUCAGGAAAGCACGGAAAGUUUUCAUUUUAUGUCGGCCAGAACCCUAAAUACCACGGAGGUGGAUGCCAGUGCUGCCCUGACCAAGGAGCUUGAAGCGCGCUAUAUUGACUGUGUGGUUGGAGUUCUCCCCAAGUCGCCCUUAAACACGAAAGAAGUCACAUUCGUUGACCCGGUGCCUCUCCAGUCACGAGCAAGCAAGUUUCGCCGGCAUGUGAUCCGCCUGUCACCGACGCUGGAGCAGGAGCUCUUUGUGCUUGCGCAGUACCUCGCCAACACUACUGACGCCAAAUUCCACGCUGUGAUUCGCGGUAAAGGUGGGGCUGCCGUUGCUGAUGUGCUACGGCGGUCGCUUGUGACGUUUGGCAGGUCGCCUGCGUCGUCCUUUGUGCUGGCUACUAACGUUUUGCUCGUCCGCCAUCUGCCGGCGUACGGCGAUGUGUUCGUCGUGGGCCUCGCUGCUGCCGAUGCCGCUGUGGUCGCGGGUCACCUGGCGAAGCACAGCGGUGUGCGUGUGUUUGUGCUGUUCACGGAGUUCUCGUUGCUGUACGAUGAGUUUGUUGCUGCGUUCAAUGGGAGUGCGGCUGCUGAGCGCCUUGUGUUCGCGACGAGCCUGCCGCACUGGGCAGACGAGAGCACGGCAUCUGUGAUGGUACAGAAGUUCCACGCUGCUAUAAGAGACCCGGCGACGGUUACGCCAUUGGCGCUGAGGGUCUUUACUACAACACGCCUGCUCCAAAAAGCACUUGAUCAGAUGGAGAGGGUGAAUGGUGAAUUAUUUAUUGAUGUCUUCUACAAAAAUGUGGCCAUUUCAGUGGAUGACAUGCAGUAUGGCCCAUUCAGGGACAGCAACGAAUGCGAUGCACAGUCACCUCUGGGUAGUCUUGGGUGUGCUGUGAACUACGGAGCGACGCGUAUUUCUGUGUGGUCGAUGGCCCGCGUGUUCGACCCCACGUUGCCUGAGCUGUUCCCCGCUGUGACGCCUUCCAUGGUGUACAGGGAACCAUCUGGUGGCCUCACGCCGCAGCAGUUAGCGGGCAUCAUUGUGGGCUCUGUUGCUGGCGUACUGUUAGUUGCAACUAUUGUAGGCGUACUGUGCUGCCGGAGAGACGCCCGUGACAACAACAACGCCCCGAAGGAGCCCACAGACCCCGUGACGCUUGUGUUCACUGACAUCGAGAGCAGCACUGCGCUGUGG